GUUACUGCGGAUUAGUGAAGUUGUAGAACAUGAGAUGGAAUGUAAAACGAAUAAAUACAAAUGUCCUGUGUGUGCAGACAAAUGGAUUCCAAGUUACAGCAUGAUACCGCAUUUUAAAGAACAGCACAAUAGAUUGGUAAUGAACAUGUGAUCGCACCAGAUUUCUUUCAAUUCAUCGUGAAGUGAGAAAUGAAAUUUUAGGUUAUAUUCUUAAAUACAAAUAAUAUUGUAUUAGUCAACAAUAAUAUAAAAGAACAUGAAAUUGUACUGCUUAAGCAACGAUCCCAAUAAACCAUGUCACAUUUUAACUUUUCGAGAAAUUACAAUGAUGCUGGACUGUGGUUUAUCCAUGCAAUCAGUAUUGAACUUCCUACCAUUGCCAUUUGUACCCUCAAAUAAAUUACAAAAUCUGCCCACUUGGAUGCCUCCAGAUGUUUCAGAUCCAGAUUUAGAAGGAGAACUUAAAGAAAAUGGGGAUAGAGUGUUUGUAGAUUCGCCACCAGAAUUCUGUCCCCCUUUGGAUAAACUGAUUGAUUUUGCUCAAGUUGAUGUUAUCCUUAUUUCAAAUUAUUUGUGCAUGAUGGCUCUGCCAUUUAUUACUGAAGGCACUGGAUUUCAAGGAAGAGUUUAUGCAACGGAACCUACUCUACAUAUUGGAAGACUUCUAUUAGAAGAGUUGGUUAUUUAUAUAGAACAAUGUCCAAAGGCAACAUUUGCAACCCAAUGGAAAAAUUUGUUGCAUAAAUUACCAUAUCCCCUCUGUGAUUCUUUUAAAGCAAAAUCUUGGAAACAAAUUUAUAACAUGGCUAGUGUAAACGCGAGUCUUUCUAGAAUACAAAUGGUUGGCUAUAAUGAAAAAAUCGACGUGUACGGGGCCUUGCAAGUCGUGCCUGCGAGUUCUGGUUAUUGUUUAGGCUCUGCCAAUUGGGUAAUAUCAUCAGAUCACGAAAAAAUUGUGUACUUAAGUGGUUCGAGUACAUUAACUACGCAUCCUCGUCCAAUGGAUCACAAUUCUUUAAAGAACGCCGACGUUUUAAUUAUGACCGAUUUGACUCAAACGCCUAUAAGUAAUCCGGAUUCAAUGCUGGGCGUUUUGUGUGCGGUUGUUGGUGUCACGCUGAGAGGUGGCGGUAAUGUUUUGAUUCCCUGUUAUCCAACUGGCGUAGUAUACGAUUUGUUUGAGUGUCUGUCAAUGAAAAUGCAGGAGUUAGGAGUCUCGAAUUGUCCCAUGUUCUUUGUGUCACCAGUGGCAGACAUGUCAUUGGCUUAUUCCAACAUAUUGGCUGAGUGGUUGUCGUCGACGAAACAAAAUAAGGUCUAUGUGCCUGAAGAACCGUUUCCACAUGCCUCUCUGGUCAAGACUUCCAAAUUGAAGCACUUCAAGCACAUAUAUUCCGAUGGGUUCAGCACCGAUUUUCAAGAGCCUUGUGUUGUAUUUUGUGGUCAUCCGAGUUUACGGUAUGGCGAUGUGGUGCACUUUAUUGAACUAUGGGGUAAUAAUCCACGAAAUUGCAUCGUUUUUACUGAGCCAGAUUUCGAUUACGUAGACGCAUUGGCGCCCUAUCAACCAUUGCAAAUGAAAGUAACGCAUUGUGCCAUCGACACAUCGUUAAAUUUUAACCAGGCAAAUAAACUUAUAAGGGACCUUAAACCCACCACUCUUGUCGUCCCGGAAUGUUACACUCAGCCCCCGGUGGCAAACCCGAAUUUGACGGAAUUGAUCAUUGACGCUGGCCCCGACAGGAAUUUGAUUCCUUAUAAAUGGGGCGAAGUUAUCAACUUGCCUUUGAAACGUAAGCAAGGACUGGUGCUGUUUGAAUCAGCAGUUGCACAAAAGAUUGCACCAGUGGAAAUUAAGAAUGGCAUCAGUUUAUCGACGAUUAGCGGUAAUCUGACUGUGAAGGAUAAUGUUUAUCGUAUAGAGGAUCCUACUGAUAAACUUAAGAAGAAUGUGAAAUAUGAAUGGGGGUCACUCAAUCUUAACGAAUUUAUACACAAGCUGUCGCAAGAGGGAAUUUCUGAUGCAAAAGUUGAAACGCACGGAAAUGUAGUUGUAGUACAUUUGCAAGAAGAAGAUGCUUUAAUACAGAUAGAAGACAAUAGUACCCAUGUAGUGUGUAAUGGUGAUGAAAAAUUAAGGACAAAGUUAAGAAAUGCGGUGAUGCAUUGUUUAAAAAAGUUUUAAUUGUGUCUGUAAUUUUAUUUGAAUAAAUAAUUUUGUAACAAA